GUGCGUGUGUGACGUAGUAGGUAAUUGAAUAGAAGAUGGAGAGAAGAUGCCUACUGCCAUCUGAAUAUAGCAGAAAAUAAAAACAUCGACCCAAUUCGUUCUACAUUCUUUGCACUCAUUUAGCGGUAUAGGUAACCGCUGUAUGGUAGUGUUGCAUAACGGGCCCAAUGGCUGUGGCAAAUGCGAAACAAACUGUCCUAAAUCCGGUGAUUCCAUUCACUGGGGCCAUACCUGGGGGCCUACACCCUGGGGAGAUGGUCAUUAUCCAGGGCACUGUUCACAAUGAUGCUGACAGGUUCCAGAUGGACCUGUCCUGUGGCAGCAGUACUAAACCUCGUGCAGACAUUGCCUUCCACUUCAACCCCCGUUUUAAGGGCUCCCUGUGCGUCGUGUGUAACUCCCUGGUGCAGGAGAGUUGGGGCAGGGAGGAGACCCUUCAGCAGCUGCCCUACAGACAGGGAGCAGCCUUCGAGACGAUAAUCCUGGUCCAUGAUGACGUCUUUAAGGUGGCAGUAAAUGGUUCUCAUUUGUUAGAAUACAAGCACAGAAUCCCACUGGACAGGAUUGACACACUAUCUAUAUCUGGGAAAGUUAAGGUGCACGCCAUUGGCUUCAUACCAAACUCAGCAAUAUAUUCAUUAUCAGGUGAAUCAGGUGACCUGAGUCUCCCUUACAAAGGCAGUCUACUGAAAGGGGUGAGUCCAGGACAGCACAUCACAAUCAAGGGACAGGUCAACAUGUACCCACACAGCUUCACUGUGAACCUCCGCAACAGCAGCACUGAGAACAUCGCUCUGCACCUGAACCCCCGGAUGAAGUCGGCCAUGGUCAUCAGGAACUCCUACCUGAAUGCUUAUCCUCUGCCAGCCCCACCAGUUCAAGCUGGCGGUGAAUGGCUCUCACCUGCUGGACUACAGACACCGGGUGCAGGACCUGAGCACCAUCAACCAACUGGAGAUCAUGGGAGACCUGGAGCUGAUGGACGUCAAGCUGUGGUGACCCAGGACAAUGAGGCUAAGCUAAGCCCCAUUCUGGACGACAGGCCCGGUUACAACAACAACCCUCCCCCCCAAUGUCUGCGCCAUGAGGACUGUUUACAACUAAGGUAGCCUCUGAUCUUUUUGAGUGGAUCCACAGGACUUGACAGUCAGUAUACUUGUAUGCAUUAUCGGGUGCAAUGUGUAAGGGAAUCUGGAAUAAUGUCUAAAAUAUUAGAGUAUUAUAGAAACAUUAGCCUCGUUUACACCUUGUGCUAACCAGUGGGUUUUGUGAUCUGAUCAAUAUGAUCCAAUCACUAUCGGAUCUAGGCUUGUCGCAUCUACACAUGGUAUUAAAAUGUGUCAUCGUUCACUGUGUCCGCAUUGUGACUGGAUUUCCUGGUGCCUCCCUGUAUGCAAAUUAUUUGACAGAUAUUAUUUAAAUGAAUAUGAAUUUAUUUAUUUUAGACAAUUAUUGAUGCCGUAAAUCAAUGGUGCUACCUGUCAAUGAUUUAGAGGCCGGUAUAAUUAUGAUUUAAAUGAUUUGACCAUCCAAGUCUGUUUACACUUGAUUGAUUUUCAGAUACAAAGCGUGUCUGACUACCUCCGGAGGUGGUCAGGAAGAUCGGAUCGCAAUGAGUCUUAAUUGGCUACACCUGUCAAAAAAUUUGGGUAUAAUCAGGACAAAGGACACAUUAGCACCAGGUAUAAACAAGGCUAUUAACUUAUUGGUGGAAGGCUGCUAAAUUACAAUUUACAUCUACAGGGACCGUGAUUUGGAAGGGGUCGACUACAACAUUUCUUGGAGCUGCACAAUGUUUUGUUAUUUUUAAAUGAAAUACUUAUAUCACUAAACAAUUCCAUAAACAUUCCCAUUUACCCAUCUCAGGUUCCUCAGUGUUGAAACAAAUUGUAGGAUGGUUACAGGAGCUGCUUAGCAACCCUCAGAAUAUAUAUAUAUAUUUUCACCCUUUUUCUCCCCAAUUUUGAUCGUCUCAUCACUGCAACUCCCCAAUGGGCU